GCGCUCGACUCCCGAAUCUCCGCCAUACUCCAUAGCGGUAUAUCGUAUCUUGUUCAUCACUCCGAGCGACGCUUACCGACGCUCGGCGUCGUUUUCAUUGAUGAAUUUUCGAUAAAUAACGUUGUGAAUUAGUGAAAUUUGAUUGUUUACAUCGUUUUUAACGUGAGAAAUGGAGAAUAGAUUGGCGCCGCUGAGAUCCAGGCGGGUGUGCCGAUUCUGCCUGACAGAGUCGGAGCCACUCAGCUUCAUCUACGAAAGGGAUCAUAGCAAGCCGUUCCAAGUGCCGCUUACCCUACAAAUCAUGUCGUGCGUCGCGAUUGAGGUGUAUGCCGCGGAUGGAAUGCCACAGAUGAUAUGCUCGAUUUGUCGUUGGAAUCUGGACCACUCUUACAAAUUUAAAAUUCAGUGUAAGAAAGCUGACGAAGCAUUGAGAGCUUAUCCAGUGUCGGGAGUGCUACCCCGACCAUUUCCAGCUCUACCUACUAACCCACCCGAAUCGACAAAUAAAAGAUUACCUGACCAGAGAUCUCAAAAUGAACAAUCUAAAAAACCACGUCUCGAAGAUGGCGAAAGAGAGAGAAGGGAGCUGAGAGACAGGGAGCGGGACAGGCAGUCGGAAAAAGAGACGGACAACAACGAUCGCCAUGACAUGUACGAAGAUGACCAAGACGGAGGUAGCUAUGGAGAGAAUGAACACCAGAAUGAAAAAGUUAUCGCCCAGCUAGAGCCCGGUGAAAUAAGAGUUCAUGCCUGUGAUCAGUGUGAUAGGACCUUUCCUUUGAGACAGGCACUCCAAAUCCAUCUCCAGAAAGCUCACAGAGAUCGAAAUUACAAAUGUACCGAAUGCAACAAACUCUUCUUUUCGAAAUAUGAUUUGACCAAGCAUCUUGCCACCCAUUCCGAUGUAAAACCGUUUAUUUGUCAAAUCUGCAACAAACAUUUCACUAGGGUGAGCCUCCUGCAGCGCCACGAAAAAAUUCAUAGAGAUGAGCUCAGAUACGGAUGCCAGCACUGCGAUCGGGAAUUCUUCACGACGGAUGAAUUGGAAAAACAUGAAGAAACUGUACACAAAGCCUCUAAACCGUUCCAUUGCAACAUAUGCAAUAAAAGAUUCACUUAUCGGCAAGGACUCGAGCGCCAUGAACUAUUACACAGCGAUGACAAAAGUUUCGUUUGCGAAUACUGCAAAGAAGCAUUCAGAUCGAGUACCGAACUCGCUAGACAUCUCACUACGCACGCUGGGCAUAGACCUUAUUUGUGCAAACUAUGCCCUAGGACUUUUCUGCUAUCUCAUCAUCUGACCAGACACAUGAGAACGCACUCGGUGGAAAAACCUCACGUAUGCGAAGAGUGUGGCAAGGCUUUCAAGCGUAAAGAAAGCCUAGAAGUGCACGCGCUGACCCAUUCGAAGCGUGGUAUGGGCUUGACCUGUGACAUCUGCCAAGAAUCUUGCAGAAAUCGGGCAGAUUAUGUGACCCACAUCAAACAGCAUAUCGAAGCGGGUGAGAAGAUGGGCCCUGAUGGACUCCGACCGGAUAAUCGAAACGAUAAAAUAGACUCGCAAUCUGAGGAGGAGGAAGAAGAGGAGGAUACCGACGGUGAUGACGAUUACGAGCCACCAGGGUAUAUAGCCAAAAAGAUUCCGAAGCUCGAGCCACCAGAGAGCGAUGAAGAAAUGGAAAAAUCGGACAAGAAGGAGCAAGUCGUUUACGUCAGAAAUAAAGAUGGAAAUGUUGUUAAGAAAACGAUAAAAACUCUGAUGCCCAUCCAUAAACGGGAGAUUCAGGAUAACAAGGCAAGGCCGGGUCCCAGCGGUUCUCAAUCUGCAAGAAAUAAUUCCGGUAAAGGAGAAGGCAGGCCUGUGACCUCAGACAAUGAAUCGACGCCAAGGCUUCGUUCUCAGCAUCGUAACGUCGAUGACACCGAAGCACAAGUACAAAAGAUAGUUGCCCAGGUCUUCAAGGAGCAUAAGAUACCCCUAAAGCACCAAAACAUUCCAUCGGAACAGUCGAAGGAUUCAGCGGGCGCUUCUACUCCCGAUCACGUACAGACUCGCUCUCAAAAAGCGACACCGACUACAGUUUCGACACCAACGGUCGCCGCUAGUCAAAAAGACGAUUCUGUGAAGUCGGAAACUGCCACUCCGAAAUCAGUCAACACUGUAAAAGUUAUAAAGCGAAUUGUCGUCAGGAAGCCCGCCGGUAGCGCUGAAGGAGUGCAAGCUGCUUUAGCCGCAUGUGUUAAGGAUGAAUGCCCGACCACAUCGAGUGUAAGUGGUGCUAAAAUUACGAAGAGAGUGAUCGUUCGGCGGAUCAUCAGACACGGUGACACCACUCGAGAAGUUAUCAUGAAUCCGGACGGGACAAUUCUCGAUCCCGUCGAACUCGCGAAAUUGCCGACACGUAAUGUCGUCAAGCGGGUGGUUGUUAGAAAAGCGAAGGAAAAGGUUCAAGAACAGGGGGAUCAGCAAAUUAAAACUGAAUCGUCCGAGUCGAAUUUAAUAGAUUCACCGAAGUUCGAAUUGAAGACUACGCAAUCGACGAAUGCACAGAAAUCGAGUGGCCCCGUACAGAAACCAUCCGAAAGUAAAUCCGGGCAGCGAGGAUCUGAGACGACGGUGACGUCGUCAGAAAUAAACGAUGAGAAUCCAGAGAGUACCAAAGAGAAAUUAGAAAAACUAGAAAAACGUGUGGAGCAGCAGAGAUUGAAGAUUGAGGAAUUGCAAGCAAGAAAACAACAAGAAAUUGAUUCCGUUGAAGAUAUGUUACCGGAAAGACAAGAUGAAUCCGAAGAAGAACAACAGCUACCCUUGAAGCGAGUGUUUGUGAAGAGGAAGCAGAGUGUUUAUGACGAAGAAAAGGAAUAUGACAGUGAUGAAAAGGAAUCAGUCAGCGUAAAGGAAGAGCCUCUCUCAGUCAAAGAAGAGUUCGGGGUAUCUCAGGAAUCACCAAAAAAAGAUUACAAGAAGCCAAUAGUAACGAGUAGCUCUAAAGUCUACGGCAACAAAAAGAUCAUUUUGAUAAAAUCGGAGGAACAGUCAGCUCUAGACGACAGUUCGAUGAGUCGAGAGUUGAGUAGCAUUCUAGAUGAGUCGGAGACUGCAGUAAAAAUGCAAGAUAACGUUCUCAGUAAUCUCUCUCAGAUUUCCGCGCUUGAUGAAACGGAGCAAAUAAAGCUUGAAGUUGAAAAUAUGUCCACCGAUGAACAAAUCGGCGGACAUAUUUUGGACUCGAGCAAUGUCCGAGACGAUCUGAAAGCUACUGAAGAUAAAAGCCGCGAGUCAUUGCUAGAAGACUUGCAAGCAGGCGAUAAAAGUGAAGACGAAGAAAUGAUUCAGGCGCAAGAAGAUGGCGGUGAUAACGAGGACGUCCAAAUUAUAGAAACAACAGUUGAGCACGACGAAAGUAAUCAGCAUUCAUUAUUAUUAGAAAGUCAAGGCGUUACAGACGCUGCAGAUAGUUUUGUUGCUUCAAACUCUAAUUUAAAUGGCCAGAAGCCGGAAGAUCCGGAUAUAGAAGAUACUUCAAUGGAGGUAUCGAAUAAUACGAUUAAUCUAAGCGAAACUAACGAAACUCAGGACAGCAUAGAGGAUAAAUUGUCACAACUUGACAGCUAAGGUAACAUUGAGAUCUACAAUUUUUCAUUAGAGCUAGAAUAUAAGAAUAAUAAUAUUCUCUUAUUAUGAUGGCGAAAAUUUCCAGAAAGUAUAUCAUAUUAUUUAGAUACAUACGGGAUAUUGCGCGGGAUGGAGGUACAUCACAAAACCUCGUAUGAUUAAACUCAAUAUACACUUAUAUUGUCCAAUCAAUAACUGGAUUUUUGUUUCCUUUGAAAAAAUAAUUACUAUUCUAAAUAAUCCAACCCAAGAUAUACCAACUAAGCAAUCAUACACCAUAUGUCAUGAUAUUGUUUCCUUUUUUUAUUUUGAUCAACAUUUUUAAACUCCGACAUUGAGAUCAGACGUGUAAAUCAGCGAAUAAUAACAUUGUGUGUAUGUAUAUUUGUCAGAUCUCUUCUUCAGUUUUAAUAUUGAAUGCCAGUGUUACUGUCAUUCGUCGAUAUCGUCAUUGUUCUUAAUUUGCUAAAUGGGUACGUAAGGUGGGCGAAACUCUCAGUGCCUUUAAAAGCGCACAGCUAUUAUAUCUGAAACAUAAAAUAACUAAUAUUAUUAAUUAUUCAGCAUCCGAACGAUAAUUGCCUCUCGUAUGUGAAAAAUUAUCACCUAAUAGUGAACAAACGGGAGGUUGAUAACUCUUGAAAUUGUACAAACAACCUCUCCACUGUUAUUAUUUCGAAUUAUAAAAAUUACGUACGGAAUACCGACAAGUCAGGUGAAAUGUGUUCCAUAAAUUCGAUGCGAUUCAAUUUGUUUACUUUGAAAAACAAUCUUAAAUCUGCUUCUGAUCGUGAUGAAGUUAGAAUAUUUCCAAUCACCUCGUACUACAUUUGUUCUACAUCAUUCGUAUAGCUGUUCCAUCGCGCUUAAGCGCAAUUGACCAGAGAUCGAUGAUUUGCCCACCUUAGAUCUAUGCUUGAAUGUCACAGUAUACUUAUACCUAUAGGUAAAAUAGGAUAACAAUUCGUUGAAAAAAUUUACUUUGGUAAUAUGAAACAUCUAUAGAACCACUUAGAUGUAAGAGUAGCAUGUAUUUCCAAAAACAAUAUACUGUAUUAAAUACAAGAGACAGUGUACGUACAUCCGAAACUGA